CGUGACCCACAGAAGAUAUAUCCGUCGCUGACGGCGAUCCUGUUGCAGCUCUUCGAGCUGCGUCUUGUCUAUGAACCCCAAGAUAACCUGACCUGUAGCUUAUUCUGUUCGUCAAUCUCUAAUAUAUAUCUGUUCCUGGGCCUGCACCCUGACACUUUUCCUAAAAUAUGCCCCCCUACCUUUCACAUAAACAACUUCAAGCCGUGGGCUCGCCGCUCGCCCUUAUAGAAAGCCAUUCUCGCCAUACAAAUCACCCAAUCCAUGCACCCAAGAACCCAAGAAUUCCCUCGCCCCAAGCCUUAUCAUGAUUCCCUUCCAAGAACUUUGCCACUUCCCAAGCAUCACCUCUCUGCGCGGCCACCAGCAGAAGCUUGCAUGCAUAUCAGUGCAAACACUCAGCCGUGUACACCAUCUAACUCUCAAUCCCAACCACUGGAAAUAUCUGUACCAGAACAGAGUACAUAUCCAGAGAAUCCUGAGCACGGCACAACAUUUCCCCAUGAUUCAGCCUCACAUCUCAGAUCCAGAUCCAAUUCCCCGCUGCGAUAUUCAAGAUGACACUGAUAUCAUAAUGAAGCCGCCAGCCUUUCGGGAAGAUUUUGCAGAGGAUGGUCUAUCAUCUCCCAGUAUAUCUAGCUCGGACGACAGUCUAGAAGGGUUCUUCAGGCUUCCGGAUGCAUAGGACGACAUUCCCAUCGACCCGGCAAUUCUUGCCAACCACUGGCCUUGGGAGGAUGGCA